ACUAGACAUUAAAUAGAGCAGAUUUAUGCAAUGAUAGUUCGUCGAAGGCGAAGGACAUUAGAUAACAAACAACUACAGGUACAAAGCGCCAAGUUUGAUUAUGAACAUAUUUCUACCAAUUGUGCCGAAAAUAUACAGUCGGAUGAGGAAAGUAGAAAAAAUGAUUCAAAUACAAUUAAAAAAUUUAAGAUGGAAAAAAUACAAGUAAACAAAGCACUGAGAACUCGAAUUAAAAUUAGUCUCGAAAUUGAUGUAAUUUCAGUAAUUUUAUUGAUAACUGGGAUUAUUACACGAUUUUAUCGUUUAGAAGAGCCACAGAGUAUAGUGUUUGAUGAAUUGCAUUAUGGAAAAUAUGUAGGACUUUAUAUGAAAAGAACGUUUUUUUUCGAUUCACAUCCUCCUUUGGGAAAACAACUUAUUUCUGCAGUAGCCUACUUAGCUGGUUUUGAUGGUAUAUUUAAAUUUGACAGAAUAGGAAGCCCUUACACAGAUGUUGUCCCUUUGUUUGCAUUACGAUUAGUACCGGCAUUAUGCGGCAGUUUAUUAAUUCCAACAGCUUAUCAUUUGAUGUUAGAGUUAGGUCUAAAACAAUGGACUGCUGCUUUGGCAGGAAUAUUAUUGUUAUUAGACAAUGCUUUGUUAACUCAAUCUAGAUUUAUUUUAAUGGAAAGUAUCUUAAUGCAAUUUUCAUUAUUUGGAUUGAUAUGUAUUAUGAAAUUUAGGAAAGUAAUGCAUCAACCAACAACUUUAUCUUGGUGGAUAUGGUUAAUUUUGGGCAUUGCAAAUUUAACAUGCGCAUUAUGUAUAAAAUAUGUUGGAUUAUAUUCAUUAAUUCUUGCAUUAUUUUCAAUUGGUUAUGAUUAUUGGAAUCUAAUACCAAGAAAAACGUUAUCUAACACAGUAUUAUACAUUCAUCUUAUUAUAAGAUUCUUUGUAAUACUAAGUGUUAUUUGUAUUGUUUACUUGACUGUGUUUUAUGUACAUUUAUCAAUACUUUCUAAAGCUGGACCACAUGACUCAAUAAUGACAAGUGCUUUUCAAGCAAGUUUAGAUGGUGGCCUAGCUAGUAUUACAAAAGGCCAACCUCUAGAAGUUACACAUGGGUCACAGAUUACUUUGAGACAUACAUAUGGAAGAGCUUGCUGGCUUCAUAGUCAUAAUCAUGUAUAUCCAUUAAAAUAUGCAGAUGGAAGAGGCAGUUCUCAUCAACAGCAAGUUACAUGUUACUCGUUUAAAGAUGUUAAUAAUUGGUGGAUUGUAAAAAGACCAGAGAGAAACGAUUUAGUUGUUACGAAACCUAGUACACCAAUAAAGCAUGGUGAUGUAAUACAAUUAGUGCAUGGAAUUACAAGUCGAGCAUUGAAUUCACAUGAUGUUGCUGCACCAAUGUCACCUCAGAGUCAAGAAAUAUCUUGUUAUAUUGAUUACAAUGUAUCUAUGCCUGCUCAAAAUCUUUGGAGAGUGGAGAUUACUAAUAAAGAUAACACUGGUGAUGUUUGGCAUGCAAUUCAAAGUCAGAUACGAUUAGUACAUGUAAAUACAGAUUAUGCAUUAAAAUUUAGUGGGAGACAGUUACUUGAUUGGGGUUUCAACCAGCAUGAAGUAGUAGCAGAUAAAUUGGUAGAUCAAACAGACUCCAUAUGGAAUGUUGAAGAACAUCGAUAUACUAAAAGUGAUGAUCAGAAACAAAGAGAAAGAGAACUGAUUAAUGCUGAAAUGAUUCCAUUACAAGCUACGACUUUGAGCUUUUGGGAAAAAUUUCUAGAAUUACAAAUAAAAAUGCUUUUCAGUGGCCAAGAAGGGCAAAACAGCCACAUGUAUUCCAGUGAUCCUUUGGAUUGGCCAUUAAUGUCUAGAGGAAUUGCAUAUUGGGUUUCCAAUGAUAGUAAUGCUCAAGUGCAUCUUUUAGGGAAUAUAGCAAUUUGGUAUUCUGGAACGAUAUGUGUUAUUAUAUAUUCAUCUCUCUUAGUAUUUUAUAUAUUAAGACGGAGACGAAUGUGUUUUGACAUUCUACAUGAAGAAUGGAACAGAUUUUCUAAUGUGGGAAGCAUCUUAUUAGUUGGAUAUUUGUUACAUUUUUUGCCUUUUAUAUUUGUUGAAAGGACUUUAUUUCUUCAUCAUUAUUUACCAGCUUUUAUAUUUAAGUUAUUACUUACAGCAGCAACAAUAGAACACUUAUAUUACUUAAUGGGGAUUUGGGGCAGGCACAAUUUUUUGAUGUACACAUUAAAAAUCGGUACUUUUAUAUGGAUAUCUUUUAUUAUUUAUGUAUUUAAGAAAUUUAUUGUACUUAGUUAUGGUACUACUCAUUUAAGUGCCAAGGAAUUUUCAAAAUUAAGAUGGAAAGAUACAUGGGAUUUUAUUAUACAUAAAAUAUAA